CAGGCUGCAGGGUCAGUUCACCUCUCCGUGUUCAGGACAGACAGACAGACAGACAGGCAGACAGGACAGACGGGUGUUUGGUCUGUGUAAAAGUUUAAAAGGUGUUGAGCGGGAUGACAGAACAGUGUGUGAACCAGCAGGAAGACGCCAGGAGGCGUAACCGAGGAACUGCAAAGCAUGAGGACAGAGAUCUUUCCGAUGUAGACAACAUGGAGGAGCGUCAGAGAUUUGAGAGGAUGGUCAACGAGCAGCAGGCCAAUGAUCCUGAGCAACAGGAGCUGUCAGGCAGGAGGAAACCAGCUUUAGUCAGAUCAAAGACCUUCGACCACUCUCUGCUGACUCAGGUCCAGCCAGAAUUAGACUCCAAGAUAGAGAGGAAGAAGUCUCACUAUAGCCAGCUUUCGAAGGGCAACUGCCAGUACCAUAAAAUAUUUAAGGAGAUCAGCAAAGAGGAACAGCUGAGACAGAGUUACACCUGUGCUCUGCAGAAAGACAUCCUCUACCAGGGACGAAUGUUUGUCUCUGACCACUGGAUCUGUUUCCACUCCAAGGUGUUUGGCAAAGACAUAAAGAUCGCCAUCCCAGUGAUGUCCGUCACGCACAUCAAGAAAACCAAAACUGCCAUCCUGCUGCCAAACGCUCUGGUGAUCGCCACCGCUAAUGACAGGUAUGUUUUUGUGUCCUUCAUGUCCAGAGACAACACCUACAAGUUCUUGAUGUCCAUCUGUCUUCACCUGGAGGUACAGACUGCCCACACGCAGUCAUAUCUUUUUCUGUUAGACAGUUGUUGCCAGGAGAAGAGUCCGUGCAGCAGCCCCGUCCCCUCCUCAGCAAAGAACAGCUUCAGGGGUCAGAGGUCACCUCAGUCGCCUCACUUCCCUCUGAGUUUUCCAGGGGAUUUCUGUGAUCUGGACGUAGCAGUGAGUAAGAAGAGGCAGGAGAUGGAGGAGAGCAGCAGCUCGGACUCCCAGACCCCCGACUACGACAAGAUAGCAGAGUUCCCCGUUCCUCAGUUCCUGGAUGUGUUGAAGCACAAAGACAGUGCGGCCUCAACUGAUCAUCCAGACCAAAAAGUGAAGACCCAGCAGCAGAACCAGCAGAGCUCAGAAAAAAAGCAACACGACACACGCCACGCUGGUACGAAUGCUGUCCUGUCUGCAGUACCUGCACGAGACCGCUCAGGGUUGGUGAUUGACAGCCGGACUCGGAAACCAGUUUCUCUCAACACUCUGCUGUUCAUCUACCUGUUACUAGUGUGUGUCCUGGUCUUGUCUUCCUGUUACCUGGCCUUUAAGAUCAUCUCUUUGGAGCAGAGACUGACGACGCUCGGCUCCGUUGCCGAGUUCACCCACCACGAAAACGGCUUUCUGCGGGGAAGUGACGUUAACACAGAGCUUUUCUCUGAACUACUGACCAUCAACCUGAUGAAGCUGGAGAAGGUGCAGAAGAACCUGCAGAGACUGCUGGACGAAGCUGCCUGAAUGUACUGGAAACCAGUAUAUUGUGCUGUAAACAGUUCUGUACAUAUACUGUAAAUAUGUUGAUUACUAUGGUAGAUAAACAGGCAAUACUGAGAUGUAUUAACACAUUAAGACAAAGGGCUUGAAAAUGAUGAUACGCACAAACACUUUAUAUUCUGUUGAAGGGUCCAGUGUUUCACCUGUAAACCAGGUCCAGCAGUGAUGUCACAGCGUAGCCUACUGACACACCAUGGCAUAUACACUUCUACAUCCCUGAGGAAGUUGAACCACUGGUCAGCAACAGCACAUAACUACCAGCUGCCGUUACAGACCAAUCUGAUUAACUUUUCAUUGGCUGAAACAUAAUACAAUAGUAUUACAAUAGCACUGCAUCUGCGUGAUGUACAUCUGACGAAAUGUAGUAGAAAUAGCAGUAUUAAAGGCUCUGACAUUUGAAGUAAUCCGUUUUGGAAGGCAGAAACAGUACUUUAAAUCUGUUUCUCAGUGGAACAAAACCAAUGUUCAGCUCAUGUUGCUGUAUUUAUUUUUAAAUACAAUACAAAAAAAAUACUGUUUUUCGGUCACGUUGAACUCACUUCUGUUUACAGUAUUGCAAAUCUGAAGGGAUCAACGUGGUGUUCUAAGGUCUGGAUUUAUCUUUUGACUUUUGCCCAGUUUCAUGGCUGACAUAUUUCUCUCCACAUGAUUCCAUUUAAGACUAAAAACCAGUGCAGGACUUCAACCCUCUUCAUAACCCUUAACUGGGUUUUCCUCAUGUUUGUCUCAUGCUGUCUUCAAGCUGUACUUCCUUUCUAAAAUUAAAAUGAAAACAGCAUAAAACCUACAAUGCAAUUGAGGAGGACUUUAGCUGCUACCUCUGCCUUGAUGGGGACUCUAAUAGUCCUUAUCUUUCACAUUUACGUGAACAUAAGACACAGGUUUAUACAUUGCGUCCAUGUCCCUGCUGAGCACAACACAAGCUGGUCAGUGGUCCAGCAGGUCAAACCACCUUGUAGUUUUUCACAUUGUUGCUUCACUGUGAGCAUCGUGGUCCUUUAAUCUUCUACAUUUCCCCGCCUGCAUUGUUUGGUUGUGCGUUGUAUUCCUAUUUUUGCAAGAUGUAUUGUAGUCAUUCAUUCUGAAUAAAAUCCCUGAUGCAUUCAGAAAGUGCAUUCAACAAUUUUACUACAGCUUCCAGUGCUUCCCCCAUAUUGUUACUGACAGUAAAUGAUAUAUGACAGCAACCAUAAUUAAACUUAGUAUGUGUAUUAUUUUGAUGUUUUGUGCAGACGUUUUCAUUUGUAGAGAAAUGAGACAAUCUCAGCAGCAUGUACAGCCGCCUGCCGCAGCGUCAUUCUUUUAUUUGACCACCGGAUGGCACAGUAAAGAAGUUUCAAUUCUUACACAGAACGUUUCUACUGGGUAAAUUAACUGUACGUUUUGAUGCAUCAACUGGAAAAUGUACAUGCAGCUGUAACUGUGCGUAAACAUCAUGAAGCUGACUGUUACAGAGAUACGAAUGACUGUAAUUGCAUUCUUUAAAUAUAGAAACUAUACACCGAUUUUUCUCUGUUGGAUAAAGUUAUAUUUUUGCUG